AUGAGUAAGGGUCCGGGUGCAGUUUUAGCGGAAGUUGGUGACUUCCAGAAAGACAAGCUUAAACACGUUAACCCCAACAUUAAAAAUCCUUUACCUACUGCUGAUGAUGUGAAGAACGAGAAGGCUGAAUCACAGUUGAUGCACGACAUUGAGAAAGGCACAAAUCUCAAAAAGGUUGAGACUGUUGAGAAAAACCCAUUGCCUACGAAGGAAGAUAUCGAGAGGGAGAAGAAAGAAAAAGAAUAA